AUCGCCCCAGCUUUCCUCCCUCCCAACGUAAUCCAGCCAAGCCCAUCCUCCCGCUUUCCUUUGUUUUUUUGUCGACGAAUACGCCACCGCUUUCCUCCCUCCCAGCUUUCCCCUCUGUCCACUCCGGCGUGCCGCCCAGCAGGAUCCCGUCCAAGGUCCAACAGGCAAGACCGGCGGGCCGGCUCCCCCCUACGCACGCCACACCCUGCGUCGCCGCCCCGCCUAGGAUCCGUUGGUCGCCCCCCUCGCCGAUCCCUCCCUGUCUGCCGCGCCUCACUCCCACGCCGGCAUCCAUCCUUCCUCCCGCCGCACAGCACUCAAGCCAUGGCGGCCACCUCGUUCCCUCCUCGCCCCUUCACCCUCCUUCUCCAUACUCGCGCUGCCUGCCACGACUACUUCCAAGGGAUCAGCGCCCGGUGGUGUCGGGGUUGGGGAUCGGUGUCGGCCUAGGAGGAGUUCGGCCACCUCGAUCCAGAGGCCAUGUCAUCGGUGGCGCAUCAGGUGGAUAGGUUGCAAUGUCGGCAGCGGCCUGAGUUGAGUACAGCUGAAUCUGUCCAAGAAGGCCAUAUGGAGGCUUCCUUUCCAAUUGCUCCCGACUACGGCGCGAUAUCCGUCGACUUGAAGCCCAUUGCUUCCACCGGCCCACUCGGUGUAUCUUCCCCUGUCAUGAUACGGCGCUCCACUUCCUCUCCCCACCAUCUACACAAGAAACGGAUCGAUUGCCCUUUGAAGUUUGCUCGGCUCACCUCAUUUCAUUCCCAUUGGUCUUCCAUCUCAGUCCUAAAUAUGUUUUGGUCUUCUUUGCAUUCCAAGAUUCACCUUAUUAUUUUGGUCACUUUUUCCAUUUGCCAUCUUACUCUUCCUGUUUUUUCAUCGUCUUUGAUUUUGCAUCAACAUGUCAUUAUGUGGCUACAGUCUACGGGCAAGAGAUUCAAAUUGAGAGAGCAGAAACCCAACAGUUCAAAAUCUGGAACCCUUGGUUAUAACAAACACCAGCUCCAUACAUUACAAGAAACUGGAGAAAUACAUACCAGUGUCCGAAGCCAAACGAUGAACAGCGCCCCCUUGAGUAACAUACAGGAGGAUGAGCGGCAGGUGGACAAAAUAGGCUCUGAUGAAACAACGUGUCACAUCAUCAGUUAGAAAGUAAUUCAGGUGUCCCAAAAUUCUUUCACAAAACUCACGGUAUUUCUACACUGUAAAACUAUAUGUGCAGCAGCUGCAUAUGAUAACAUCUUGCGCUACAAUAGCUUGACAAUUUAAAUCCCCAAUCAUUCUCAUAUUUGUCUGUGCAAUUGUUUGCCUUUGAUGAAUUGGAAGCAGAUUUCGGUCAAAAAUAAAUCUGGGUAAUCUUUAUGAUCCAUCAUCUACUCAGUAUGUCUCCUAAUCUUUGCUGCAAUCAGUGAUAGUAACAAGUUCAUUCGUUCAUGUAGAAGUCUCAUGUUUUGCAAUUUUGGAACAAAAGGAGUUCAAUAAGUAUUUCUUAUGGAUAUUAGUUAUCUACUUAGCACCAUAUGAAUAAUUUCCAGUGUCUCUUCUUGAUAGGUAUGAUAUAUGCUAUAUUCAUACUCUUCUUUUCCGUUGUAAAGGCUUAAAAUAUGGCACAUAUAUUGUACUGCGGUCCUAUAUCCUUUACCUUGAUGUUCCUGUGAGGGAGGUAAAUACAGAUCCCAAAUUCAUGGUUUCUCUUAAUUCCCAAUUUCUUGAUCCCUUUCAUUUACUGAGUCUGCAAAUCAUUUUGAUUAUUUAUUUUGAACCAAUAUCCAUCCUAGAGAGGGCAAGCGUGGCGCAGUGGUGAAGUCCUCCCACUUGUGCCAAGAGGUCCUGGGUUCGAACCAGCCUCUCUGCAUUGCACUUUGCAGGGGCAAGACAGCUUCUACGCACUGGGUCUGCCCUUUAUCCAUCCUAGAUUAGGAUCAAACCCCCGGGAAUACGCUGCGCGGCACAGAUCCGCAUGGUCGUCUGACGGGAGAAAUUUCAGGAGCAUCUGAGCCCGUCCGUCCUCAGAAAAGAAUAUUUGUGAUCUAUACUUCAGUUAUUGCUACAUGUGACAUGUCCUCUCUGCAGAUUCUUUUUUAAUGUCUAUCAAUAAGUUUUUGUUGAAAAUUGGAACAGUUGAGUGUUCUUGCUGAAGUAAUAAGUGUAUAUAAUGUUGUCAUCUGACAUUAUUAUUUACGAACGCUAAAUUUAUUGGCACACUACCAACUAUCUUAUACCUACAGUCUUAUUCCUAUUAAUAUAUGCUUAUUCUUCUUACAUUCAUGUACCAUGGCCAUCUCUAUUUUGUUCUAGCUACCCUAUAACCUAUAUCUCCUUCACAGUAGCAUAUACAUGUGAUGCUCAAACUGCCGGAAAAAAGAUUGAAGCGUGCAUACAGAGUUGCCAACCAUGGCGUAUUUUUUGCUAUGUACAAGCUGUCUUUCAGGAAAGUAUUUUUUUAAUGGUUCUGAUCAUCUGUUGUAGAUAUACCUAUAUGCAAAGAUCUGGAGCUAUAUCUAUCCGUGCAACAAAUUAUGCAUAGUAAUUUGAUUUGUAAAUAAGGAAUCUGGUUAUCCAUUCAUUUUACUUAAAUUUCGGCAUCCUGUUUUUUUGCAAGUGUUUGUAGUAGAUUCAACAUCUCAUCACUAGAAGAGAAGCUAAUUUGCUUCUGGGCAUGCUUCUAUCUUCUUACAAUAUAUCAAGUUUACAUAAAUUGUUUCUGUUAUUUAUAUAAAUGUAUAUUCAAAGUAUGCCAGAAUAUCCUCAUUGCCUCAUGUCGUGUUGUAAGUGUGUUUGUGUGCCAAAGAAGUUGUGGUCCUCAAAGUUAAUUAUUGUCCAUAACCAUACAUCUAAUUACUGUUGGAAUACUGUAAUUACACUUUGCAGAUCGAAUAUCUUAUUAUAGUUGUUUCAUUGGUUUGUAAGCUUCCUGUAAUUUCAUUAAGUAUGACAGGAACUUCUUAUAUAUUUUACAACGUUGGUUUAUGUGAGCUAAAAAACAUCCCACCCCAGUGAUAAAACUAAUUUCCUUUCUAUCCCUUCAUUUGUCCUCCAGAAUGCACAUCAUGAAUUUUUUAAGUUUUACACAAUAAAAUCCCGCAGCAACGUGCGGGGCAUUUAUCUAGUUAUUAUAGCACA